AUGCCUACGACUCGCCGAAGCAAGGUUGUCAAAACACCCGAGUUCAUCGAGAGUGACUCUGACGAUUCCAACGGUUCUGGUGAUUAUGGAGAUGACAAAGACAAAAAUACCAGUGGGUCUGAAGGUUCUGAAGAGGAAGCCAUAGAGUAUAUAUCUUCCUUGGUUCAUGUACGUUCAUGA